AAAGUUCUCGAUCCAUGGAGAAUUCCAGAUCCCAAAGUUCUCGAUCCAUGGAGAAUUCCAGAUCCCAAAGUUCUCGAUCCAGGGGGAAUUCCAGAUCCCAGAGUUCUGAUUCCACAGGGAUUUGGGGAUCCCAAAGUUCUCAUUCCAAGGGGAUCCCAAAGUUCUCGAUCCCCAGGGAUCCCAAAGUUCUCGAUCCAGGGGGAAUUCCAGAUCCCAAAGUUCUCGAUCCAUCAGGAAUUUCGGAUCCCAGAGUUUUCAUUCCAGGGGGAUUUGGGGAUCCCAAAGUUCCCAGUUCAUGGGGAAUUCCAGAUCCCAAAGCUCUCGAUCCCUGGGGAUCCCAAAGUUCUCGUUCCAGGGGGAAUUUCAGAUCCCAGAGUUCUCAGUUCAUGGGGAAUUCCAGAUCCCAGAGUUUUCAUUCCAGAGGGAUCCCAAAGUUCUCAUUCCAAGGGGAUCCCAAAGGUUUUGAUCUGUGGGGAUCCCAAAGUUCUCAGUUCAUGGGGAAUUCCAGAUCCCACAGCUCUCGAUCCCUGGGGAUCCCAAAGUUCUCGUUCCAGGGGGAAUUCCAGAUCCCAAAGUUCUCGAUCCAGGGGGAAUUCCAGAUCCCAAAGUUCUCGAUCCAUCAGGAAUUUCGGAUCCCAGAGUUUUCAUUCCAGGGGGAUUUGGGGAUCCCAAAGUUUUCAGUUCGUGGGGAAUUCCGGAUCCCAAAGUUCUCGAUCCCUGGGGAUCCCAAAGUUCUCAGUUCAUGGGGAAUUCCAGAUCCCAAAGUUCUCAUUCCAGGGGGAUUGGGGGAUCCCAAAGUUCUCGUUCCAAGGGGAUCCCAAAGUUCUUGAUCCCUGGGGAUCCCAAAGUUCUCGAUCCCUGGGGAAUUCCAGAUCCCAAAGCUCUCAAUCCAUGGCGAUCCCUAAUUUCUCAUUCCAGAGGGAUCUGGGGAUCCCAAAGUUCUCGAUCCCUGGGGAUCCCAAAGUUCUCAGUUCAUGGGGAAUUCCAGAUCCCAAAGUUCUCGAUCCCUGGGGAUCCCAAAGUUCUCAUUCCAGGGGGAAUUCCAGAUCCCAAAGUUCUCGAUCCCUGGGGAUCCCAAAGUUCUCAUUCCAGGGGGAAUUCCAGAUCCCAAAGUUCUCAAUCCCUGGGGAAUUCCAGAUCCCAAAGUUCUCGAUCCCCGGGGAUCCCAAAGUUCUUGAUCCAGGGGGAAUUCCAGAUCCCAAAGUUCUCGAUCCCUGGGGAUCCCAAAGUUCUCAUUCCAGGGGGAAUUCCAGAUCCCAAAGUUGUCAUUCCAGGGGGAAUUCCAGAUCCCAAAGUUCUCGGUCCCUGGGGAUCCCAAAGUUCUCAAUCCAUGGGAAUCCACCUGGGGAAUCUUUCCCUGGGAGCGCUCCCGGAUCUCUCCUCGCCCUCCCCGCUCCCAUCGGGAUCACGCCGGGAUCGAGGGGAAUCCCUGGGAUCUGCCCCGACGGCUCCUUCCCGAAGAGUUCCCGGGAUCCACCCAGACCAAUCCUCUGCUGGAGGAGCCCCCGGGAUCCACUCGGAGAAAUCCUUCACUGGAAAAGCUUCUGGGAUCCACUCGGAGAAAUCAUUCCCUGGAAAAGCUCCCGGGAUUCACUCGGAGAAAUCAUUCCCUGGAAAAGCUCCCGGGAUCCACUCGGAGAAAUCCUUCGCUGGAAAAUUCCUGGGAUCCACUCAGAGAAAUCCUUCACUGCAAAAGCUUCUGGGAUCCACUCAGAGGAAUCCUUCCCUGGAAAGGUUCCUGGGAUCUUCCCCGACAGCUCCUUCCUUGGGGGAGUUCCGGGAUCCACUCGGAGAAAUCCAUCCUGUGGAGAGUUCCUGGGAUCUCUCCAGACCAAUCCUUCCCAGGAAAAGCUUCUGGGAUCCACUCAGACAAAUCCUUCACUGGAGAAGUUCUUGGGAUCCACUUGGAGAAUCCUUCACUGGAGGAGCUCCAGGAUCCACUCAGAGAAAUCCUUCACUGGAGAAGUUCCUGGGAUCUCUCCAGACCAAUCCAUCCCAGGAAAAACUCUUGGGAUCCACUUGGAGAAUCUCUCACUGGAAAAUUCCUGGGAUCCACCCAGGCCGAUCCUUCACUGGAGAAGUCCCUGGGAUCCACCUGGAGAAUCCUUCACUGGAAAAGUUCCUGCGAUCCACCCAGACUGAUCCUUCACUGGAAAAGUUCCUGGGAUCCACUCGGAGAAAUCCACCCCUGGAGAAGUUCCUGGGAUCCACUCGGAGAAUCCUUCCCAGGAAGAGCUCUGGGAUCUCUCCACACCAACCCUUCCCAGGAAAAGUUCUCGGGAUCCACUCGGAGAAUCCUUCCCAGGAAGAGCUCUGGGAUCUCUCCACACCAACCCUUCCCAGG